AUGUUUGGCGCCAUGAAGCUGACCUCCAUCGUGGCCAUUUGCCUGGGCGGCGUGAAGGCGCUCAGCCCCGGGGAUUGCGCCUUCACGGCGAUCUUUGCAGACGAGCCAAGCCAGUUUGGGCUGCUGCUCCUCAAGGACGUGGAGGAGGAGCCUGUCUUUGUGACCGACCACGGGUUGAUGGCAGACGGCUCCCUGAGCCACGUGGGCUCGGUGACGAAGCAGCACACGGGCCGCGUUGCGGCUGGCACUGUGUUGAAGAGCGCGGACUUCCAAGGGGAAGGCGGCUCUAUCUCUGGUGACCACCUCGUGGCCUACACGGGCUCCGCAGAGUCGCCCACACUGUUGUGUGCUGUGCACAUGGAGGACAUUUCAGCUCCCAGCCGCAUGCUCUCCGGCCUUGAGGAAGGAAUCUCUGCGGUGGUCCUUCCGGAGUCCGACAACGCCUACUACACGGGGCCGGCUUUCGGCACAGUGGAUGAGCUGCGUGCGGCCGUCAAUGACAGGAGCCUGUGGACGUCAGAGAAUGUGCGCCCAGAGGAUGGCCGCAUCCUGAGCAGCUUCGUCAUCCAGAGCGGCGCCAACACCACCACUGCGAUGACGGAGACCACGACCUUCAUGAACAGCACUAUGAUGACCACGACUGCCACCACGAUGUUCUCAACGGCAGAGCCUACCACCAUGCCGCCCACCACCAUGCCGCCCACCACCAUGCCGCCCACAACCAUGCCGCCCACCACCACUACUGCUGCCCCAGAGGAGCCUCCGAGCGCCGCGGUCCACGCCAUGGCAGGGGUGCCUGUGCUCCUGGCUCUCCUGAGCAUGGCGUGA